AUGGCGAGUUCUGAUCAACAGCAAGCAUCAUGUGAGAAUGGUGUUCAUGGUUUGGAUGUUUUAGACACAACAAUUGUAACAAAUGAACCUGUUACGACAGAUUUAAACAAAGUGCAAUUGGAAAAUACAUCAGAUGAUAGUAUAUCACUCCAGACAUCACAAUGUAAAGAUCAGAGCAUGAUGUCAUCUUAUGAUAAUGAAGAACUUCAACAGACAGCACCCGAAUUGAAUAAUGAUAGUAUAUCACUCCAGACAUCACAACGUAAAGAUCAGAGUAUGAUGUCAUCUUAUGAUAAUGAAGAACUUCAACAGGCAGCACCCGAAUUGAAUAAUGAUAGUAUAUCACUCCAGACAUCACAACGUAAAGAUCAGAGUAUGAUGUCAUCUUAUGAUAAUGAAGAACUUCAACAGACAGCACCCGAAUUGAAUAAUGAUAGUAUAUCACUCCAGACAUCACAACGUAAAGAUCAGAGUAUGAUGUCAUCUUAUGAUAAUGAAGAACUUCAACAGACAGCACGAAUUGAAUAAUGAU